CACUAUAAAUACUCCUACACUUGGAGCUCUCAAACCACCACCUUUUAUUCAUUCAUUGCUAUCUUCUCGUCUUCUCUCUUUUCUCGACAAUGGCUCUCUCAUUCUCUCUUCACUCCCUUCUCUUCAUUGUUUCUUUGCUUUUGGGUGCAUCCAUGGCCCGAGCCGCGACAUGUAGCGAUUGCUUCACUCGCUCAAGAGCAGCCUACUACCCAAACUCUGAUGAGUCGGGCACCGAUGUUGGGGCAUGUGGGUUCGGCAAGUUUGGUGCGAAAGUCAACGGUGGGGAUGUAUCAGCUGCAUCCGAACUUUUUAGGAAUGGUGUUGGAUGUGGGGCAUGCUACCAGGUGAGAUGCACCAACAGUAAAUAUUGCUCGGACAAAGGAGUGACCGUGGUCAUCACUGAUAGCGGUUCUAGUGACCGCACCGAUUUCAUACUUAGCAGGCGGGCCUUUGGCAGGAUGGCUCAGACCACUGACUUGGCUGCACCACUGCUGGACUUUGGCGUAGUGGACAUCGAGUAUAGACGUGUUUCUUGUAGCUACCCAAACCAGAAUAUCCAGUUCAAGAUCGACGAGGCUAGCAGCUUCCCAAACUACCUAACUUUUGCGAUAUGGUAUCAACAAGGCAAGGUGGAUGUGAUUGCAGUGCAGUUGUGUGAGACACAGAAUCUCGCGUGCAAGCUGUUGGAACGUAGACAUGGAGCUAUGUGGGCCAUGAUCAUGCCCCCCAAAGCGCCCUUAUCAAUAAGGAUGCUUGUAAGCGGCGGUGAAGAUGGAGAUGAAACAUGGGUGAUCCCCACCAAUGACAUACCCCAGAAUUGGACCGUUGGAGGCGUCUACGACUCAGGGAUACAGUUGGAUUUGUAGACGGACAUGGCUAUACUGAAUUUCGAUUGUAUGAUUUAAUGGAAUCCAUGUUUUUCUUGUUAGUACUGUUCUUUCAGAUGUUGUUGUAGUUUUAGGCGCAUUUGAAAUUCUCUUAACUACAUUUGCUGAGUAUUUGUUAGAGUCAUUUAUUAGUAGAAUUACAAUAAUGUAACGUUUUGAGGUUACUAAUACAAAAGGUAGUGUUGUGUUUGUC